AUGGUAGUACUGCGGCCAAAGAUAACUUUAACAUCCGUGCGAGGUCGCAUACAGGUAACUGCCGAAGACGGUGAGCGAGUAGGACCAUGGGGUGGCACUGAGUGUUUUCUCUCGCGACAGACAGGACAAGGGCCGUGUCUCGUCGUUCGUUCAAGCCGACAUAAGCGCCAUCAGGGAACUUUUUUCCGACUAGAAGGUGUGCGGCAAGUGCUUUCCCUAUACGCGAUGGAGGGAAAACUGACAGUUGUUGUGCCGCAUCAAAAACGCCUCUGCAGCGUGUUCAUCGAGACAUUUGCAGACGUUGACGCGCUACAGAUGAUGGCGGCCACUUUGCAGGAUCGCAGUCGGUGGAAGGAUAUAGAAAAGAACGUCGCAUGCCGAGUGCAGCGCAUUACCCGCACGAACGUAGUGGAUACAAAAAGGAUCACAAAUAUGGACGGUGGUACUGAUACCCAUUUGGACUACAAACAGUUUGAAUGGGGUGGGGGUGAAGACGACAGUUGUGCAGUGGGAGGAGUUAGUUGCAACCCCCUGGAGGGUGCGCGUGGGGAAAGGAACGGAGACGGCGUUGAGUCGAUUCUGCAGGAGCGCCCAACGGGUCUCCCUUCUGCACAUAGUGGGGGCAAGCUGCCGAAACAUAUGGGGGGAGACGAGUUGAAUCCACAGUUGGAGGGGUCAACAACACCCGGUAGGAUGCAAUGGACAACGGAUCAAAUAGUUGCGACGCGGCUUGUCUGCACUGGGAGCAAUGUUUUUAUAACAGGCUCCGCUGGCACGGGCAAGACAGAGUGGCUACUCCAUCUGGUAAGAAAUGUCCUACCUCGUGACGAUAGAACAGUCGUAACCGCCUCUACGGGUAUGUCCGCCCGCUUACUAGGUGGGUGUACGAUCCAUUCUUUUGCGGGUAUUGGGCGAGGAGAGGGAGGUUUUAACAGAGUAUACAACCGUGUGAAAAGCAAACCGGAGGUGGUGCGCGCAUGGCGGCAAUGCCAAACGCUGAUUAUCGAUGAGAUUGGGAACAUCUCCCCCGAUACAUUUUCCAUGAUUGACGAAAUUGCUAGAAGUCUGCGUGGGGCACCGGAAAAACCAUUUGGUGGCAUUCAGGUUAUUCUCCUUGGCGACUUCCUGCAGCUCCCACCUGUAGAUUCACCCAAGGCUCGUAACGAGUGGACAAACGGGAAUGACACUGACACGGACAGCAAUCCCAUCCCGGGCAAGUUGAAGUGGUGUUUUGAAACUGCCACGUGGGAGAGUCUGAAGCUUGCUCUCGUUGGGUUCAGGAAGAGCUACAGGCAGAUGAACGACCCCGACUUUGCACUGUGUUUAGAGGACAUACGCUUUGGUCGCUAUACGAGACGUGUUGAGAGGAUUUUGAACGAGUGCAGUACCCGUCAGAUAAAGGAGCGGCAUGGUAUCGAACCGACACUGAUCGUCGCCCGACGUGACGAGGCGACAGAGUACAAUGCGGAACGGCUCAAGAUGCUUGAGGAUGUACAUUUUCACCGCUAUGAAUCAGAGGAUUAUGCGGCUAUUCCAGGGAUGAACUUGGAAAAGGAGGUUUCUCUUCAACAAUUACUGGAGUUGCGCAUAGGUGCACAAGUCGUUCUCCUAGCGUCACUACCUGAUGCUCCUCAUCUUUCUAACGGUGAUCAAGGUGUCGUUGUUUCCUUUGCCGAGCAAACCCGAGGUCCAGCUCUUCCAGUGGUUUGCUUCGCCACUAGUGGUGGUGAGGAGGUGCUGGUCCCCCGUGUUUCCAUGGAGGUGUUGGGUCCUGAGGGAAGAGUAAUUGCAACCCGCACCCAAAUUCCCUUACAGUUAUCAUGGGCCAUAACGGUACAUCGCGCGCAAGGGAUGACACUUCCCCUGGUGAGUGUGCGAUUGAACAAAUGUUUUUUUGACUGUGGCCAGGCGUACGUAGCAUUGUCAAGGGUGCGGUCCCGGGAGGAUCUGAUGCUUACAGCGUUCGAUCCGUCAGCUAUAUUUGCUGACGCCCGGGCUGUUGCCUUCUAUGAGAAGAACUUCCCCGCUCAGCGGCAGAGUGUCGAAGAUACCGAGUGCGAGCUAGUACCUAUCAAGGGGAAAACAAGGGCAAAACACCCGCGUUCUCAGGGAGAGAAAAACAGUGUUGAUGAGGGGGGAAAUGCCCCUGAGGAGCACCCACUGAGAACAGAUGCCGCCUUCACGGCUUACCACGACCUUGAUAGCCAGGUCAGCACUGACAUGCCACUAGUGCCGCAACCACCGAGAAAAAAGAGAAUGUUGGUGGAAGAGCUGCCUCAAGUAACGUCUAGCGCCAUUCCGAACUUCACGCAAGAGAGCAACAACGGUGACGCAAAUUCACAACUUCAGCACCCCUUUUCUCAGAACAAUCUAAUGGUGGACGAUGAUUGA